AAAAUCUAGGGCACUGUUAUCUGGCCCCUUUUCUUCAGGCAGCAGCAGAGGACAGAGAGCUGAGGAGAGGAGACGUUUAGUGUUUUACUAAGGCUUUGGAGAACAAAGACAGGACAACCUUAACACUGAUUUCCAUGUGCUUGACAAUACUUCAGGGGAUCAUUACAACAAUACAUUAUAACAACAAACACACUUCAUAAACACACCUGGAACGCUCACGCAUACUCUCCAAACUUGGGAACACACUUGCCUCUCACAUACUUUCUACGCUACAAAGAAACUAUAGCACCAUGUUGGAGGAAAAGAAGACCAAGGUAAAGAUCACAUUCUUCGUCAUCCUAGUCGGAAUCUCCUGCAUGCUGGCUGCUGUGGUUACAGACCACUGGACUGUCCUGAGCCCACUGUUCAGUAAGCUCAACGACACCUGUGAGGCUGUCCACUUUGGUCUUUGGAAGCUUUGCAAGAAAAGCAUCUUCAUGGUGGAGGAAGACCCUGAGGGCCAGGGCUGUGGACCCAUCAGUCUACCUGGAGCCAAGAACUGCUCCUACUUCAAACACUUCACUAAGGAAGAAGAGGCUGAAAGGUUUGAAGCCAAAACCCAGAAAGAAUAUAACCUUUCUGCAGCGGCCAUCGCUGUAUUCAGCUUGGCCUUCAUGACCCUGGGGUCAAUGUGCAUCGUUUUCUCAUUUGGGAAGGGCCGGGACUACUUGCUGCGACCUGCUGGAAUGUUCUUUGCCUUUGCAGGUCUUUGCAUCAUUAUCUCCGUAGAGGUGAUGCGUAACUCCACAAAGCGAAUGAUUGACAGUGAGGAAACCGUCUGGGAACAUUACUACUACUCCUGGUCAUUUGAAUGUGCCUGUGCCUCCUUCGUCCUGCUGGUACUCAGUGGCCUCAGCCUGUUGAUUAUCUCCAUGCCCCAGAUGCCACGUAACCCUUGGGAGACUUGCAUGGAUGCAGAGCCAGACUCCAUGGAGCCCAUUGACUAGUAGUUAUAGAUCAGACUAGAACCAAUUGGAGGAAAACCUAGAACCAACAACACCUGAUCAGACCAAAUUUGAAUAGAUGAGAACCAGCCCAGAUGAGAAAACAGUAGCACUGGAGGAAAAAUCUAUACAGUUACAUAUUGGGAUACUGUUGUUGACAAUGUUGCAAUAUUAUAUUAUUAAAGUGAAUGUUCCCCAUCUUAAAAAGAUUUUUCAAGCACUGCUUUUCAAAACCUUUUUUUCUCAUGGUCCUCUCUUGUUCCUCUGCAAAGACAUAUGGUAAAAGUACUUGGCUGUGUUCACAAAUUUUGACUGUUGGUGGUGAAAAUAAUUCCAUGAAGUGCGGUGUGUGGGUUCCCUUUUGAUUGGGCAUUUCAAUGCCACUCUAUGGUAAGACGUGAGGUAAUGCCAGGCCUUCGGUUGCUCGCUGGAACACCCAUACCCAGCAGUCAGCUGUCUCGGUUCUGAGGAUGAGACCAAUGGCUCUUACCCCUGAGCGGGCUAAUCUCUCUGACAGAGCGUGUCGGUAUCCUGUGCGUUUUUUUCAUCACUCCUGUUCUUCGUUUGCAGUUGGUGACUCCAAGGUGGAACUGCGCCCUAUCUGGGUUUUUCUGCUUACAGUGUCAUGGAUCUGUUGGGUCUGGAGUUUAACCUCCUACCCUUCCACCUUGUGCCUCUGUAUUAUCUGGACCAGGCUGGAGGUUUCUGGUCCUGUGAAUGUAUUUUGGGGCAAGCAACAAAAAUUGAUGCACAGUGGCUAGAAAGAACUCCCAUGUAGUGUCAAAACUUAGGAACAAACCUACAGAGGAACCAAACACUAAGAGAUGGCCGGUCCUCUUCUGGCUGACACGGGUGAAGAAUAAAAGAGUACAUUUUGGGCCACAUCAAUGUUUUUGCAUGUUCAGAUGACCAGCAGGUCAAUAAAUGCAUCUGGGCUUUGUGCAGUCUUUAAACAGAUUCCAGAUCAGCAGCACAACCAGGUGGGCUGUGGCAGCAGGUAGCAACUUGAUCUGCAAUACAAGAUCAGUGUUUUAGUGUUUCUAGGCGGCGCCUGUCCCUCUGGGUUGUGAGGGCCAUGUCUAUGUCUUACAGUGGCAAGGGUCAGGUACCUGUGCUCUCUUUGUAGGGUUGCAUGUGGCUAAGAUUUGUGUACUGGCUGUGUGGACAUCUCCACAUGCUUUUGUGUGGGACUUCCACCCUUUUGCCACUGCCCCUGGCAUGACCUUUGGGGAUUUUGGCUUGGGAAAUAGAUGGCCUGGGAGCCGCGCCCAUCAGGCCACUGAUAUCAGUGUUGUGCCUCUCCUGCUUUGCGGCACUGUGUACUGUCCCCUUACGUGGCAUUGAAGUGACUGACUGAAAGGGAACCUUGAUUAUGAAUAUAACCUUUGUUCCCUGAGGGAGUAAAUGAGGUGUCCUUACUUUUGUCAACCGAGCCAAGUAUUUUGUAAUUCUUACAUCUCUGAGGGUGAGCAUAAUGUUUUCACAAUAAAAUGCAUUGUGCUCAUUACAAUAUUGUAUUGGCAUCUAGGCAUCUAACAAUAGUGAUAAUAUUAUUAUGUGUGCAGCUAGGCAAUUCCCAGGGGAAGGGGAAAAAAAUUCACAGUUUCUCCAGGUUCUGUUCAAAAUUAAGAGCGGGAAGACAGAAAAUAUCUGAAAAAGAGCUACCCCACCUCAGUAAGUGAAGAAUUACACUGAUUGUGUGCCUGAAUUCUCUUGAUGCCUCUUCCCAAAAUCAAAGCUGAAUCAAGUUAAAUCAAAGCUGAAUCAAUAUCUGCAACAUAUUAAUUAGAAUACUAGGCCUACAUAAGAGGAAAAUAUGAAUAGGAUAAAUGUUUUAUUAUUAAUCACAAUAAUAACAACAACAUGAUAAUGCAGUG